AUGAGCGCCAACACGGUCGAGCCCCCGCUCUCCCCGCUCUCGGACGACGAGUACCACUACAGCGACGUGGAGGAGGAGGAUGAGUACCAGUACUCGGAGGAAGAGGAGGACGACGUCGUCUCCGUGCAGUCGGACGCCACCCCGAACACCGGCGCCAAGAAGCAGCACGCGGCCGACUCGCUGUCCCCGCUGGGCAGCGCGUCGGCCGCCAAGAAGAAGCGGCUGAGCCCCAGCGGCCUGGGCCAGGCCGGCAGCCACAAGCAGCAGGAGUACCACGUCAUCGACGAGGCGGAGCUGCUGCAGGAGCAGCGCGCGCUCAUCGCGGAGAUCGCGCAGGUGCUGGAGAUCUCGGCGCCCGUGGCGUCCGUGCUGCUGCGCUACUUCGGCUGGAACAAGGAGAAGCUCUUCGAGGGCUACUACGCCGACCCCGUCAAGACCCAGCACGAGGCGGGCGUCGAGUUCGCGGACAAGCCGGCGCCGGUCAUCCCCGAGGGGACGAAGGUGGACUGCAACAUUUGCUGCGACGAGUACGCGGCGAACGAGAUCUUCGGCAUGGGCUGCGGACACUUGUACUGUCUCAACUGCUGGAAGCCCUACCUGUCCCUCAAGAUCCAGGAGGGACCGAUCUGCAUCACCACGACGUGCCCUGCACACGGCUGCAAGGAGGUGGUGAGCGACGAGAUCUUCAAGCAGAUCGUCAGCCCGGAGGACUACCGCAAGUACGCGCGCUUCUUGCUGCGGUCGUUCGUGGACAUCAACAAGGGCGUCAAAUGGUGCCCGUCCGCAGGGUGCAGCAAGGCUAUCACGAGUGCCGGUGGACUGUUGUCUGUUACGUGCACGUGUGGAUGCGUGUUCUGCCUCCGCUGCGGCGAGGAAGCGCACUCACCUGUGACGUGCGAGCAACUGGCGUCCUGGCAGGAAAAGUGCCGCAACGAGUCCGAGACGGCCAACUGGAUCCUUGCGAACACGAAGAAGUGCCCCAAGUGCUCCGUGCGCAUCGAGAAGAACCAGGGCUGUAACCACAUGACGUGCCGGAGCUGCAACUACGAGUUCUGCUGGAUUUGUAUGGAAGGCUGGGACAAGCACGGAUCGGGCACUGGAGGCUACUACAAGUGCAACCGGUACGACGCAGACGCUCAGACGGCCGACAACGAUGCAGCUCGCGCGAAGGCCGAGCUCGACAGAUACCUCCACUACUACCAGCGUUUCGCGAACCACUCCGAGGCUGGAAAGUUUGCCCAACGGAUGCGAGAAGGUACAGAGAAUCGUAUGAUCGAGCUCCAGGCCAGUCACGGCGAUUCGUCGUGGAUCGACGUGCAGUUCCUGAACGCCGCUACCGAGCAGCUGAUUGAAUGCCGACGAGUGCUCAAGUACACGUACGUGUUUGGCUACUACCUGCCGCCUGGAAAGGAGAAGAACCUGUUCGAGUACCUGCAGGAGAACCUGGAGAAGAACGCUGAGCACUUGACCGGGCUAUCGGAGAUGCCGCUGGACAAGAUGAACCGCUCGGAGAUCAUCAACUACACGCGUGUGACGGAGACGUUCCUGCGCAACCUGCUCACGGGCGUUGAGGACGGUCUGACAUCCAACGCACCACUGGUGUAG